AUGGCUGGACCGUCUGUAAUUGUUGUUGGGGCUGGUGCUGGUGGCAUUGCCACGGCCGCUCGACUGGCCCAGCAAGGAUGCAAAGUGAAGGUGAUAGAAAAGCAAGGUUUCGUGGGAGGAAGAUGCUCCCUGCUAUACCAUCAAGAUCACCGCUUCGACCAAGGGCCAUCCCUCCUUCUCAUGCCAGAACUCUUCGAAGAGACCUUCCGCGAUCUGAACACAUCAAUAGAACAAGAGAAGGUUGAGAUCUUAAAAUGUGAGCCCAAUUAUUGUAUUUGGUUUGCAGAUCAUGACAUCGUUGAAUUAUCCUCUGAUCUGGCACGCCUCAAGAGGGAAGUCGAGCGAUAUGAAGGCCCAGGUCGAUUCUCCAAUCUAUGUGCAUUCCUUGCUGAAGCAGGGAGAAAUUACGAGCUCUCCUUGGAACAUGUUCUUCGCAAAGAUUACCCAGGUGCGUUGAGUACGUUGAGUCUGUUGAGACCGGACGUAUUAUGGGCACUACUGCGGAUGCGUCCAUGGACUAGUGUGUACGGUCGCGUAUCAAAAUACUUCCAGUCCGAACGAAUGAGAAGAGUGUGGACUUUCUCUUCAAUGUAUAUGGGAAUGAGCCCGUAUAGCGCCCCCGGUACAUAUUCUCUGUUGCAAUAUAGCGAAACGGUGGAUGGGAUCGGUUAUCCGAGAGGAGGCUUCCAAGCAGUUCUUCAGGCCAUCGCAGAUAUUGGCGAAAGAUAUGGAGUACAAUACCGUCUCAAUAAUGCUGUCGAGUCAGUCAUUCUUUCGGAUGACGACAAAAUAGCAAAGGGCGUUCGUCUUGCUUCAGGAGAAGUGCUAUAUGCCGAUCUUGUGGUCCUGAAUGCCGAUCUUGUUUAUUCAUAUAACGAGCUUCUUCCACCUUCUCGCGAGGCCAACGCACUGAAGCGUCGCUCUACCUCCUGCAGCAGUAUCUCGUUUUUCUGGGCAUUCGACGAAGUGCUACCUCAACUCAGAACACAUAACGUAUUCCUGGCCGAAGAAUAUCGGGCAAGCUUUGACUCUAUAUUCAACGACCACACCCUCCCGGCAGAGCCAUCAUUCUAUGUCAACGUUCCUAGCCACGUGGACUCCACCGCAGCACCCGACGGGAAAGAAACAGUCGUCGUCUUAGUUCCCAUAGGCCAUUUAACAUCAAAUGGAGCAGACUAUGAUUCUCAGGCUUGGAAGAAGGUCGUAUCAAAGACCAGGGAGUUUGUUCUCAAUGCCAUCGAAUCUCGCACCGGAUUGAGGGAUCUUCGGUCGAAGAUCGUCUUUGAAAAAUAUGAGACACCACUUACAUGGGAGUCAAAGUACAACCUUGAUCGUGGCGCAAUUCUAGGCUUGUCACACUCAUUUCUCAAUGUCUUGACGUUUCGUCCAAAGAGCAAGCAUCCGAGUAUUGAGAACUUGUAUUUUGUCGGGGCCAGUACGCACCCUGGCACCGGGGUUCCAGUAUGCUUGGCAGGUGCCAAGCUAGUUGCCGAAAAGAUUAUGAAAGCUUACAAGAAAAGAGGUAGUGAUGGGACCGGAUCGAGGGUUGGAACUGUGUUUGCAAUUACAAGUAUGUUGUUGGCUUUGGUUUCGGUGAUCAUCAGUUGGGCCGACAUGAGCAAUUGGGGCAAAGAUGUGAUAUUUGUCUAA